CGCAUACUUCCGUAACUCUCAUCAUUUUCUUCACAAUCUGCCGCUGAUUACACGGAAGGAGCCUUAGGCGCCCGCCCUUAGAAUGCCAUCUUUCCUCUCUGUUUCAUCCUUGGUGCUUGCUGCUUCCCUCAGCACCAUCACCUAUUUGACUUUCCUCCACCGUUGCCUCAAGAACCGCAUACACCAUGAGACACAUUGCGGAACACUCUCCAGCUCGGUGUCUUCCACCAUAUCCACGAUUCCCCCCGAAGUAUACACGCCGGAAUACUAUGCUCUCCACGAUCGAGCUAGCCGCCGAGUACCCCGCCAGCUGCUUCCCCGUCAAAAAGACGCUGAAAUCCUGACCAUCCUCUUGCGUCGCAACAUGACAGCUUUCGCACACUUUCCUCAGUGCUAUAUGCUGUGGCUGAUCAGUCCAGCCUCAAAGCGCCCAACGUUCCACACAUCAUAUAUUGAUUCGCUGGAUUUCAACAAGGGUGAUGUUGUCUGCGGAGUAUACCGUGUGCUGGACCGAACCGCGAACAAGGUUGAGUUCGGAAUGACAUACAAAGGGGUUGAUGGACGAUUGGUGAUCCGAUUCUGGGAUGAGGACAAGGACGUUGUUUUCGCCAGUGAAACUGCUAUGUGGACAAAGGUGGAUGAAACAGAGCGCGCCACAAUGCCACUCGAAAACCCGGUGCUUCGGUUCUUUCAUGAAUUGGCCGCGUGGUGGCUGUUAGAUUCCGGGGUCAAGUAUCUGACGGACUUAGAUGCAGAAUUGGAGGAUGAUUGAUAUUCGAAUUGUUCCAUCGAAGUGAACUAUCAUAAAGGAAACAUGCCGUAUGAACUAUCGUCAAGUACCGAUUGCUCUGUGGCUUGUGGUUCGGAAUCUAUAUAGGGACGCUAUGGUAUUGUUCUUUUACUUUGUCUACUCCUACACAUCGCAGGCAUAUAAGCCUCCUCGAAUUCCUGUGCAUGCAACAUCUUGAAAUUUUCCAUCUGCUCCAAAUCUUCCAACGCAUUCAAUACAGGCCAAAUCUGCCUCGAUCCCCA